AUGAGCGCCAAGACUGUUUUGAUCACCGGCAGCAACCGCGGCAUCGGCCUCGCCUUCACCAAGCACUUCGUGGCUAACGGCUGGAAGGUCAUCGCUGCCGCCCGCGAUCCUCAGAGCGCCAUCGACCUCAAGCUCGAGAAGGUCGUCCAGAUCGACACGAGCGACGAAUCGUCCAUCAAGGCUGCUGCUGAGCUGCUGAAGGGCGAGCCCAUCGACCUGCUGAUCAACAACGCUGGCAUUGGCGGCGGAGGCGGCAUCGACCAGACCACCAAGACCGAGAUGAUGAAGCAGUUCGAGGUCAACACGGUGGGCCCUUUCCUCGUGACGCGCGCGUUCCUACCGAACCUGAAGCUUGCGGUCGACCAAAAGGGUUCAGCCACCGUUGGCCAUGUCUCCUCGCGCAUGGGCAGUAUCGCGGACAACGGUUCGGGCGGCAUGUACUGUUACGCGCUUCUCCUGUCCUCGUCCAUCCUGCUUGGACUCACGCUCUUGUUGUCGCUGCUAGCGACACCUCCGUUGCGCCAACGGCUGCAACCGGAGCCGAUUCCUAACAUGUACGGCUACCGCGCGUCCAAGACGGCGCUGAACAUGGUGAACUCGAGUCUGGCUACGGACCUGAAGGACGAGAAGAUCAUCGCGCUGGCGCUGCACCCCGGCUACGUGGUGACCCGCAUGACCGGCCAGACGACCCCCGAGGACAGCGUGGCUGGCCUGACUAAGAUCGUUGCCGAGGCCACUCCCGAAGACAGCGGCAAGUUCUUCCACUUCAACGGCAGUGGCCUGCUGUGCUCCAUGGCUUCGCCUUCGCGUAACUCGCGCUCCCGCUCGCGCUCGCCGGCGCAGUCGCCAUCCCGCCGCUCGUCCAGCCGCAAUGCGCGCAAAGGCUCCGCGUCCCGUUCGCGCUCGGCGCCCCGUUCUCGCUCUCGCUCGGCCUCCAACGCGCGCUCGCCCGCCGACGCCAAGCGCUCCAGCAGCAGCAAACCCGAGCCCAAGCCUGUGUCUCUGCGCGUCGAGAACCUCACGCGCAACGUGAACGCCGACCACCUGCGCGAGAUCUUCGGCAAGUUCGGGCUCGUGGUGCGCGUGGACAUGGCCGUGCCCCGGGGCAAGGCCAGCGCCGUCGUGGUCUUCGCCUCCCAGCAGGACGCCGACAGCGCCAAGGACCACAUGCAUGACGGCUGGCUGGACGGCAACAAGCUGCGCGUGCUGCCGGACGCCCCCAGACCGGAGCCCAACAACCGGCGCAGAGUUUCGCUGUCCCCCAGGAGCCGCAGCCGUCGAGGCGGACGCGGACGCUCACCGUCCCCAACCGCGCGCAGCCGCCAGCGCUCGCCGCCUCGAGGAGCACGCGGACGCCGCGGCGUGUCACCGUUCCGCGGCAGAAGUCGCAGUCGCAGCCGAAGUUUCGGCAACAACCGACGCGGAGGUCGCUCCCGCUCGCGCUCGCCGGCGUUCCGUCGGCGCGGGGCGUCGCCGUUCAGAGCCCCAGUAGAAGCAGGAGCAGAAGCUUCAGCAGGAGCCGCAGCCGCAGCUUCAGUCGCGCACGUGGGCGAAGUCGCAGUCGAAGUGCAAGUCGCAGCAGGAUCAGAAGUCGGGGAAGAAGCUUCAGCAGCAGAAGUCGCAGCCGAAGCUCCAGUCGUGGACGCGGUCGACGCCGCAGCCCCAGCAGCAGCCGAAGCCGCAGCCGCAGCUGAGGACAAGAGGUGUUUUUGA